AUAUAUGCUGGGGCUAUGAGAUAUAAUAUUGUUUCCAACGAUGCAGUGACUGUAGAGAUACCCAGGUCAAACACAAGCUCCCUAGACAGACCGAAUGGAUGUCGAAGUUUCGAAACGAUAAAGGUGGAAUGGAAAAAUUUGACAUUCAAGAUCACAGAUGGGAAAGAAAAGGGGAAAGUCCUGGUCAACAACCUCAGCGGUGUUGCGAGACCUGGGACUCUUAUGGCCAUCAUGGGACCUUCAGGAGCUGGCAAGACAACUCUCCUCAAUAUGCUCACGGGAUACUAUGACGCGGGCUACGAAGGAGAAGUCCACAUCAACGGAUUUGUGCGACAACCGGAACUGUUCAACAAGCAAAGCUGUUACGUCAUGCAAGAAGACCAACUUUUGCCUGCCCUUACCGUGAAGGAAGCCCUUACCAUGAGCGUCGAGCUGCGCAUGCCUUCAAUGACAAGAGAGGAGAGGAAAAGCAAGGUUACAGAGUUCGUAGAGAAGUGGGGACUAUACGACUGCCGAAACACAAGGACUUUGCAGCUCUCUGGCGGUCAGAGGAAGCGGUUAGCGAUUGCUCAGGAACUCGUCAAUAAUCCACCGGUUAUUUUCCUCGAUGAACCAACCAGCGGUUUAGACAGCGUCUCAAGCCUCAUGUGCGUGGGUAUCUUGAAGGAACUCGCUGAGUCUGGACAUACAGUCGUCUGCUCUAUACACACCCCUAGCGCUAAAAUAUUUUCAUACUUCGACAAGCUCUACAUGGUUUCUGGAGGAAGAUGCAUCUACAACGGACGUGUUGAGAAGCUGCUGGAUUUCUUAAAACAGCAAGGGUUUCCCUGUCCACAGUACCACAACCCUGCAGAUUUCAUUUCAGAAAUUGCUGCGGGUGAAUACGGAGACCAUGUUGAGAGGCUGUCAGCGAAAUUUACGCCGUAUACAACAGAGUGUGAAACUGUGGUCACAAAACAAGGCCUAUCGAAAUAUGGUGGGAAGCUCAUGACGGACGAGGAGAGGACGGAGGCUAAUAGACAGUAUUCUUUCAAGAUGAACACAUUCCACCAAUUUCUAGUGCUUUCCAAAAGGUGUUGGCUGACGCUUGCCAGAAAUAAGGUAGCCACGCCUCUGCGGUUUGUGGCCUACCUAGCUAUGGCAGUUAUGAUUUGCAUGUUGUACUACGACAUAGGAAGAAAGGCGUCGACUGUAUUUAACAACGCUGCCAUGAUAUUCGGGUGCUGUUGCAUUGUUGUCUUCCAAUCCAUCCUCCCCACCGUCAUUGUAUUUCCCGUGGAGAUAUCUGUCCUUCUGAGAGAACAUCGCAACUGCUGGUAUAGCCUCAGGAUGUACUACCUCUCACACUACAUUACCGAGCUGCCGUUCCUGACGUUGCCCAGCUUAGUGCUGAUUGCCGUUAUCUACUACCCUACAUCGCAACCACUGGAACUGUGGCGACUAGCGGGCGUCGCGCUUUUCACUGUUCAGCUCUGCUCUGUAACGCAAGCUCUGGGACUGAUCGUAUCUGCUCUGACGCGUUUACAGACAGCUGUAUUCGUUGCUCUUCCAGUUGUAUCUCCAGCAUUCUUCUUCAGCGGUUUCUUCGUGCAGUCUCACAUGGUGCUCGUGUACUUUCGGUGGCUGACGUAUCUCUCGCCCAUGUACCACGCCUACCAGGGCAUGCUUCUCUCAAUCUACGGCUACGGACGCCAGCCCUUGGACUGUGAAGACUUCCUCUGUCUUUAUGAGGAGCCUGCGGAGUUCCUUGCUUAUACGGACACUACCGACAAGCGAAUUUAUUUGCAAAGCUUGAUCUUGCUCGCGUUCGAAGCGACGUUCAGAAUCAUGGCUUUCAUUUUGUUGAAAUGGCGACUUCAGAAGAAACAAUGAAAUACUCCAAUAGAUAAUAAAAAAAAUUAUAAAGUA